UCUGAUAAUUUCCUUCUAUUUUUAAUAAUUUCGUUUGCUCCUCGUCUUUUCCUUCAUGUACGCCGCCUCUUGAUCUGACGAUGGCGGCGUCCGAUCAGGUUUGCGCCAAUCUCCCUCCCCUCCUCUCCUCCUUCGUCGAUGCCUUCGUUGACUUCUCCGUCUCCGGUCUCUUCUUCCCUACCAAUCCUUCUCCUAACCCUAACCCUAAUCUCCCUGCCGCCGCCACCCGCAUCCCCGCCCCUUCCCGGCUCGUCGCCAUCGGGGAUCUCCAUGGCGACCUUCCCAAGUCCCUCCAGGCCCUCUCCCUCGCUGGACUCGUCGACCCUUUCUCCGCCCGCUGGACCGGCCACGACGCCGUAGCCGUUCAGGUCGGCGACGUCCUCGACCGCGGUGGCGACGAGCUCCGUCUCCUUUACCUCCUCCAUCGCCUCAAGCUCGACGCUGCUCGCGCAGGCGGCGCGCUCCUCACCCUCCACGGCAACCACGAGAUCAUGAACGCCUGCGGCCGCUUCCGCUACGUCACCCCCGCCGGCCUCGACGAGUUCAAGCGCUGGGGCUUCUGGUACCGCUCCGGCCUCGCCAUGAAGCGCCUCUGCGCCGACCUCGAGUCGCCGCGAGACCCUUUCAAAGGCGUCCCCAAGUCCUUCCCCGGGAUCAAAGAGGAAUUCUGGGAGGGGAUCCGCGCCCGGAUAGCCGCCCUGCGGCCGAACGGACCGAUAGCUGCCCGAUUCCUGGCCGGAAACCAGACGGUCCUCGUGAUCGGCGAGUCGGUGUUCGUCCACGGCGGGCUUCUCCAGAGGCACGUCGAUCAUGGGCUCGAAAAGAUCAACGAGGAGGUGAGAAAGUGGAUAAUGGGGCUCAGCGGAAGCCACGCGCCGCCCUACCUCCAAGGCCGGGAAGGGGUGGUUUGGUUGCGCAACUUCUCCGACGGAUCCAAUUGCGACUGUAGCCAUCUGGAGGAGGUGCUCGCCAUGAUCCCCGGAGCGAGGCGGAUGGUGAUGGGGCACACCAUUCAGGAACAGGGCAUCAACGAGGUGUGCGACGCCCGAGCGAUCAGGAUCGACGUGGGGCUGUCGAGGGGCUGCUCCGAUGGGCUGCCGGAGGUUCUGGAGAUCAGCGACGGCGUCAAGUUGAGGAUCUUGACAUCGAAUCCAGUGUACUACGACGAGAGGUUGAAGCGUCCAUGGCGGCGGCCGGUGGCGAAGGAGGAGCUGGAGGGGCUUGGCAUGUUGGUUCCGGAGACCAGGCCGCAAGAAAUGGAAGCCAAAGCCUGAAAGAACUCGCAGGCCUCUCUUUUCCCAUUUUUAUGCUUCUGCUCUCCUUAUUUACUCAUUUUCUUUAAUCUGCUUUUUAAAAAGAAGGGAAAUAAACUAAGCAUCUAAAACCAAAAAAAAAUAAAAAAAAACAUUAGAGGCUCUAGAAGAUAAGAGCACCAACUUUGUUUUCCAUCUCCAAUCUUAUUAAAGACCUAAGUAGAAAAUGGCUGCAAAAUUUCUGCCACUAGGAGAAGGCUCAAGAUCUGUUCGUGAUUUAUCAACUUUGUGUUGAUCUUGAGACGGGUUGACGGGGACAAGAUCAAUAAAAAAAAAGCUGAAUCUACAAAUUUGUCAUCCUCUUUAUAAACCCUAAUUAAACUAAAAAGCUGUUUGUAUUUUUUUUUAAACAGAGGAGAGAUUCAGUGUGUUAGAUGGAAGAUAUGCCGUGACUUAUCGGCCGUAGCACAUUCCAAAAUAGAGACGGUUUUAAACAGUUUGAAGUUGGACUCGAAUAGGAAGCCUUCAGUGUGUGAUUUCAAUGCAAAUUGGCAUGAAUCAGACUCAAAUAGGAGACCUUAGGGAUGGGUUUAUAUGGUUUACAGCGGGCAGGAAGGGGAUAAAUGAUAAGAGUUAUAUGGUUUUGUUUCAGUCGUCCAGCUUAUUAAUAAUUUUCUCAGAUUAUUUUAUAUAAUUUUUUACGAGAGAAUCCGACAAUAAUUUAUUGAUAGGAUUGAUGAAUCUCGUUCUUGAGUUGCACUAUUAUAUAAACUUGGUGCACCUUUACCAAAUCCAAUGUUUGGACUUAGUACUAAUUUAUGCAUAUUUAUGGUAUAAAUAAAGGAUCUCUACAUCUGUGUAUAUUUAAUUUUUUUUAUUUGAAUUUUUUUAUAAUUAAGAUAUAUACAAGCUGUUUUUUUU